AUGAUCUUCUACUCCUUGGUGAACGUCUUAGGCUGCGACAACGGGCCCUGCGAAACCUCCUUUAAAAAGAGCGGUUGCAGCUCGGUGAGCCAAUACAUGAUCGUUCAAGCCAUCGGCUGGGUGCUGUGCAUCGUGUUGGCCUUCCCGCUGACCUAUCCCACCUUGCUGCAGAUGCUGAAGUGCGCGUUGUCCAGUGGCUGUCCGGGUCCGGUGCAGCGCUUUCUUGCGUUUCUCUGCUGCCCGCUGGCUUAUGUCUACUGCUACAUUUGCGGGAGCUUCAUUUGGGCAUCGUUGGUUUCGCUGGUGCAGACCUACUCUCCUUUGCAGCUCCUGGUUUUCAUAUUGAUCAUGACCUUGCUGGUUGCUCAGGUCAUGUGGUUGUUUACGAGGAACUCACAUUUCAAACACUUGCCGAGUCGAUGUAUGAGGCGACAGACUUACCAAGAAGUCAACUCCGGAUUGCUUUGA